GAAGUUUGAUAAAUCUACGAUCCGACUACGAUCAUCGAGUCGUUCAACUUCCAAUUGACUCCCAGUGGUCGAUCUGCAUGGCACUGACAUUAUGGCUAUACUAGGUGUAGGGAUUGAUCUCGUGUCGAUACGACGAAUCGUCGACCUGGUCAGACGCAGGUCUGCCGCUCGUUUGGCUCACCGUAUUCUAAGUUCUUCUGAGCUGUCGGGAUGGCAAAGCAGACCAUUCGCGUCUUCUGAUGAAAGAAUAAAAUUCCUCGCAGUUCGUUGGGCUGUGAAAGAGGCUGCUUAUAAGGCGCUGUAUCCGACCUUUCGACCAACCUGGAAGGAGUUGACAUAUGAAAGCUUCAACAGGGCUACCACUCAAAAGCCCUCUUUGGUGUAUCGUGCUAUCAAAGACUCAACGUUCACACUACAUGUCAGCGUCAGUCACGACGGCGACUAUGUCGUCGCACAAGUAUUAGCGGAUAGUGGAUAAUAAACAGAGGUAUAACGUGGGCAUAUACAUUCAUAUAAUGUGAAUACGUGAACUCAUUAUCAAGGGAAAUUUCGGAUAGUACAGAAGAUAUGUUGAUUGCAAGUAGUUGGGACCGCAGAAUCUCUCCUGCUAAAGCCCUCCGGUCAAAAGCUGUCCUCCUCCUGAGCCCGAAAGGCAUAUAUAAGCCUGUUAUGGCGGUGAUCGUCUUGGUUCCCGUUGACCUUGCAAAGUUCGAGAUAUGUGAGGCACGCCUCACUUCCGCGCCGCUUCUGGUAGAAUGAGGGAGGCAGCCUUGGAUGAUCGAGGUUUGAUAGAGCAUCUGAACUCCUUCGGAUGGCUGGAGAGCGGUCAGAACAGGUCAACAAACAGAAACAGGAUGUAGUUUCAAGAAACUUGCCUAAUCGUUCCUGUUGUACAUUCAUUCACUGGUUCAAUGACGACACCAUCUUCCACUACUUUGGAUAUAUCGAAGACGGAUAGAACCAUAGCACACGAUAGGAAAACAGAUGUAUCAGCCAAAUUCAGGCCUGAAAUUCACUGUGAGUUGACUGGAAGAAACAGUCA